AGCUUUGCCAACCCGUGUUGCAUAAUCUAGAUGAUCUUAUAACUCUCAUUGCACAAGUUUGUGUUGAAAACGUUUGAAAUUUCGACAUGUUGAAUUUAACCAAAAAUCCGUUUUUCCUCCUGCUUGGAACUUUCAUGCUGGUCGAACUCGUCGUUUCGGGAGAGGAAGACACGCCUCGAGUGAAACGUGGGGCUGCCGUGUACAUCACUUUUCCCUCUGGGGGCCCGGCCCCUCACGUGGAAAAGAAUCCACAGGAUUUUAUCAACGCGGUGGGAGCGAAUAAUCCGUACUCCGCGUCUGCCGGGUAUGGGGGUGGAUUAUUAGCGCAAUAUCAGCAACACGGGCCUUCCGCGGGUGGGGGCGGGCACGGGGGAAGUGGGGGCGGUGGAUCUGGUUACGGUCGAAGGAAAAGAAGCACCGAUUUCCAAAAUCGAAAUAAUUUCAAUUUUGAGUAUAAUCCUUACCACAGUUUCGAUCCCCCAAGCUGGAAUUCGCCUCAAAAUUUAGAAGAUUCUUAUUCUUAUAUACCUCCCAGCACGACGAAUGAUGACGACGAAACUUCACCGUUUGCUUUAAAUGUGCCAAAUCCAUUCAGCGUUAGUGGACUUUUGGAGGCUGCGACGAACAAUAAUAAAGGUCUGGCCGCCGUUUUCCGAGCCUACACGGCCAGAACGCCGUACUACGGGCUGAACGGAAGUGUCGACAACGAGGAGCCCAGCAAUACGACUUAUAAUUCUGAUUCUUGAAAUUUUUCAGUGAAAUAAAGAAAUAAACAAGUUUUAUAUA